CAGACCCAAUGUAUUACCAUCAGAUGACGAUGGUAGAGUUUCUGCUUUUAACAACAAAAAUCGUUUCCGUCUGCUGGAAGUGACAAGUGACGCAUUUGAAUGUUUAAAAAAAGCUUAAAUUUAAUGACUGUAAUACCUAAAUACGCAUAUUUAGAUUUUACUAGCCAUCUGUGUGCAGCUAAAUUCGAUGUGACAAACCUCAUGAGAUAGGUUUUGUUCCGCGAGUUCCUUUUGUUAUGUCAUCCUCAGCUGAUCCCUGUCGCUUUUCGGAAAUGUAUUGUUUUUAGGUUAUAUCAGGUAUUAUGUGAAGCAGCAGAUGUGCAGUUUUGUUUAUAAAUGUGCGAUACCUUAAUAAUUUGCUCUUAAUGAUAAUGUCUGGAUACCCCAGGCAAGAUGAAAAGCAAAUAUUUUCUUACGUGGAUGGAAUCCCUGUGAAAAUAAGUGAGAAAUACAAGCCCCCGAGGAAGGUCACUUUGCCUGUUGGCUACCAACAUAGACUACUCAGGGAUCCAGUUAAUUAUGGGGAGUAUGACUUCAAGUUGGAGGACGCGGUGCUCUCCAAAAUCCAAGAGUGGCGGAAUGCCCAGGCUCUGAGCGAGCGGCUGCAGCGCUGCAGGAUACUGGAGGAAGAUGCGGUUCGGGCGACGACGAGCACCGCGUCGACAAACUCAACCCCGACCACCACGUUGCCCUCCACGUCAGUCUCCAACCACUACGCCAUCCUCAUGCCCGUCCCCAUAUCCCGGCCUGCGAGCAGCACCAGCACGCAAGACUACUCAUCGCCUUUUAAUCUAUCCGACUUCGAAGCGGACACUUCGAGUCCCUUCGACAACGUCGAGCUGAAGACCAUCAAUGACAUGGAGGAACUUGCGCACGUCUUGCAUCCUGAUCCCACGCCCCCCACUGCGAGCAAUUUCUCACAGUCGUGUCAGGUCGUGCCCACGCCCCCCGUCGUCAAUAGCUUCUCGCAGCCUUGUCCGAGCGUGAACCACGCCGUUCCCUCAUCGUCCGCACAGUGCCAAGGAUCUGCGAACGGCCUGCCCGGCUACGGCUACUCCGCGAACCCCCAGGGUAGCUACGCGCAGCUGUAUGGCCCGGAGUCGGGCACGGUGUGCGACCCCACCGACUGCCAGAGUGCCUGCCAGCCACAGUCGUCACUCUCGAAGAGCGUUCCGGACAUAGUGAAGGCCCUGGAGCAGGACCUACGAGAGAGGACCACUUGCACCCCCCCACCGAGGCCCAGCAGCUUCGGUUACACGGGACUCGAGGACUGGACGCCGUGGCCGGUCCUGGACAGCCCUGAACGCUCAACUGCAGGCUGCAGGACCACAAGGACGUCGACACUGCCGAAUCCUUUCAGGAGCCUGAGUUCUUCUGAGCAGAAGCUCGCGAGGCACAUCAGCGAGAUGGGGUUCCCCCUGGCGCGGGUAGCUAGAGCGUGCCAGACAUUCGGAAAUAAUGAAAAAAUGGUGGUGGAGUUCCUUCUGCAAGUGCACUCCCUGGAGGAGCGAGGGCACCCGGGCGACCGAGCAGAGAACGCUCUGGUUCUCAACGACUACAACUUGAGCCAGGCGGAGGAGCACCUGAGCGCCAUGGGCCAGCUCCUGGACCUGGGCUUCCCCGAGAGCCUCGUCUCGCGGGCACUGCUGGACUGCGGGAACGACCGCGACCGCGCCCUCGACGCGCUCAUCUCGUAACCCCCAUCGCCAUCUCCAUCGCAGUCAUCAUGUGACAUUUCGUGCAGAUCUCUCCAGAGUUGGGCUAGUGUGCGUUCUUCUUCGUUGAAAAUUUCGAUUCUGAUAUUCUUCUCAAUAGUAUUGAUGCACUGUGGUUAACCUGUGAUAAAAAUAAUGUAAUUGACACGUAUUCUUUAAUAUGGAAUAUGGUUUUUAAAAUGUUUCAGAUCAGUUGAUUUUGUUAGCUGUGUUUCUUGCAGACUACUUUGGGUCCCAGUUGGGGUCGGAAAUGCAUUCCUUUAAGAUUUUUGUCAUUAUAAAAUCAUGUGGGUCUUUCACUUAUGUGCUUAAAUUUUGAAACUAUAUAGACACACACACACCAUUGUGUGGUGGUGUACAUCAAAUUAGAUUUUGUAUAAGGGAAACAGAUUUAAUGUAUAUAUUAUUUCUCAACAACACUGAAUAAACCUCCAUUUCAAACUGUUCAUAAAAUUCAACAUUUUUCUUGCAGUUUCGAUAGCUACAGUUUGUCAUACAGUAAGUGCAGUAUAUUAAUUAGUGCUGAAGAGCAUCAAAACAUAUUUUGUUAGUUGAUUCAAAGUAUUGUUUAUUAUACAUAUAGUAAUUAUAUGUAAGUUUGUUGUACCUUGAGCUAGUAAUAAAGAAAGCACCUAAAAUAACACACCAUACUUGGAUAAAUAAUGGUUAAAGUUUAGCAUAACCAGGACACUUGUGAUAGUUGUAUAUGUUUGUGAUGGUUUUGUUGAGAUUUGUUAACAGUGUCAUUAUGUUCCUACUGAAGUAUGUGUUCAGUUUGUCAUGCUGUAUGUUUAGCUGAUUGGAAUCGAAUAUGUGACAUAUGGAAAGUGGCUACUUAAAAUUUUCUUUUGUGUGCCUUGUAAAUUUUAGGGUGCAUGCUUUUGCAAAGUUUACAUCACGUCCGACAAGGCAACCAUAAGUAAGUGGAUGUGUUACAUUUGUUUGUGGAAUGUAUUAUCACCAGCUCAGAAAUUAAUAGGUAUGUACUGUACUGCUGUGUAUACAUGAUGUGAUGCUUUGUAUAGUGCAAUUUUAGUAUUUAUAACUACUGUGAUAAUGGAAAAAUUUUAAUAUGUUAUAUAUGGUAUCUCAAAACCUAUAAUUUGCAGUGAUAAUUUUUCAUCCCCAAAAAGUGCCUGUUAUUUAACGUUUAUUGUGUCCUGAGUCACUAAUAGAAUAUAAAUGUGAUUUGGACAUGACUUUUGUUUAAAUUAAACUUUUGUUUAUCAUCCAUCCAUAAGAGAUGGAAAAUAUUUUGGUGAGGUUGUUAACCAUGUCCACUACCUGGUGUUUAUUAGCACUUGUAGUAAUUGUAUUACAGUAAAACUCAUUUAAGACAUUCCCGCA